UUGUGAGAUUGUAUGUCUGCAUACAUCUGCUGUUGUAGUAAAAAAAAAAAAAACUCUUAAAAACCCUCAAUAAGUUUAAUUAGUCAUACGAUUUACAGCGGGGGACAAUUUCUCACGCAAGGUUCUAGCUGUUUGAGUGUGUGUGAUGUUAUCGUUGUAAAGAAAAGGUAGUGAACGUUAGCCUGCACAAUGUAUUAGCAACAGUUUCCUUGCUUGAUUAGUGUAGCUGGCUACCUGUUUAGUGUUUGAUGAAUCCACAGCGCAGGGACGACAGCGGUAUUUGUAGAAUGAAAUAUCAAAACUAAGUGAAGUAUUUGCAGCGCAUGGAUGUCGGAGACGUGGGGUCCGCGGGAGGAAGAGGAGGCUGAGGCAGAACUCAGUGAGCUCAAACCCGGGAACGAGGUCGGGAGAGCUCGACGGCACACCCCGCUGAAUCUGCCGUGCAGCGAGGCCCUGGGGCAGGACCAGCAGGGGCUUCCCCUGGCACCAGCCUUCACAGCUGCGGAAGCAAGCCCCUCCCCAUCUAACGAAGGCACGGGGCUGCUCUCGUUGCCGUGGGAGAUGGUGGCUCGCAUCGCUUCUCACCUCCCGGCGCAGUGCGUCAUCACCGUCCUCCCCCAGGUGUGCCGUGCACUGGAGGGCGUAGGUGAGGACAGCACCGCCUGGCAGCUCCGCGCUCGCAGGCUGAUCGGCCCAGGGGCCUCCUUCCCCCUGGGGCCGCGGGAGAACUUCGACUGGCCCACAGCCUGCCUGGAGAUGGAGCAGCUGAUUGGCUGCUGGGCAGAGCAGGGGGAGCAGACAGAGCAGGCGGAGCAAGUGGCGGGGGCCGAGAGGGAGGAGAGGGAAGGAGAGAGGGACAUGGAGAACCAGAGGGAGGGGAUUGAGGGUGACGGAGAGGGGAGGGCCGAAGAGCAGGCUGAGGAAAUUGGGGGCGGGGGACCGGAGGGUGGGGAGGGGAGAGGUGGAGGUUUAGAACAUGCUAGAGGUCUAGUGGAUGGUGAGAUGCUGGUUGAUGGAGGCGGACGGGUGGAGCAGGAGGUGGGUGGGGCCCAGGAGGGUGAGGAGGGAGAGAGGGAGGGGAGGCAGAAUGCGGUGGCUGCGGGAGAAAGAGAGGAAGAGGAAGGCCGGAGGGAGGUAUUAGAGAUAGAUGAAGGUGGAGGGGAGGAGAGAGCCGCAGAGGGCGGUGUGGAGGGGCAGAGACCAGGCGAGAGCGAGGGGGAUCAGCCUGACCCCGCCGGCUCGCCCCCAGCCCUCCAGCACUUCUCGUUACCAUCGGGCCACAUCGCCGAGGUGAACACCGUCCUCCUGGUGGGCGGGGAGGGGUCGCUGUGCGCCUCGGGGUCCCGGGACAGGAAUGUGAACCUGUGGGACCUGCGGGAGGGACCGAAGGGGACGCUGUUGCGCACAUUGGGGGGGCAGGGACUCUUCAGCACGCACCGGGGCUGGGUGUGGUGCCUGGCGUCCCGGGGGGCCCUGCUCUGCUCCGGCUCCUUCGACAGCACCGUGCGGCUCUGGGACCUGGCGGCGGGCGGGGCCGAGCGCGGGCUCAUAGAGGGCCGCGCCGCCGUGCUCUGCCUGUCCUGCCAGAGCGACGUGCUGCUGGCUGGCUCCUACGACAAGAAGGUCAGCAUCUACGACACCAGAGCGGCAGAGCCCUUGGUUAAGAGUCUGCGUCUCCAUGGCAACGCGGUGCUGUGUCUGGCUGCAGACGACAAGUACAUCCUAUCCGGAAGCAAGGACCGGACGCUGGCCGUGUUCGACCGCCGAGCGGGGAAAACUCUGCAGAAACUGCCACUGAACUCCUACUUGCUGUCCAUGUCCUACAGCGGGAAGGAGGUGUGGGCGGGGGACAACCGCGGCCUGCUCCACACCUUCUCCCUGCAGGACGGCCUCUUCCAGCCCGUCGCGCAGUUCGACGUGGGCCACCAUUCCCUGGUCACGGGCGUGCACAGCUCGCCUGGAACACUCUACACCUGCUCCUCUGACCGCACCAUUAAGGUUCACUUCCCUUGCGCCCCCCCUAGGACACUUUGCACAUUGAGCCAUCAGGCUGGGGUCAAUGGGCUGAGCGUUGAGGCUGGGGUGCUAGCGGUGGCUUCAGGGGACAUGUGUGUAGAAGUGUGGAGGCCCCAGAGAUAAGUAACAAGGGUGGACCAAAAAAAAAAAAAAAACGGAGGAUGGGAGGGGGUCCGUUCCCGCUGCAUCUGCGGUGAAGCCACUAAGCACAUCUGAGACAGGCUUGAUACCUCUUUAUUUGAACAUGAAAAGGCAAUGCCACUGAUCCCUCUUAUGUCACAUAUGAUACAUAUAAGCUUUAAAGCAACGUCAUCCUCCGUUAAAGAAGUGUUGUCUUUUAUACAUAUGAAGAAUGCUGUUUGUAUCCUGUCCUUUUUUUAUUUUAAAUUAUUGUGUCAAUUGUGAAAAUGCCUGCUGAAGUUCAUGUUAUCAGAGGUUUUGAAUUAAAGGGGCUGUUUGAGCACAACAAGCACAACUCAACACUAUUGCAACACUAUUGUCCAGGAAGAUGUGUCUUUACGUCACCAGAACUCAUAGGAAACACUGGGUUUUACAAGGUUUUACAUUACAAUGGACUUGUACCUGUUCAGUUACAUAUUUAAGUACUAUGUAAGUAGUAUAUAAGUACACCUUCUUAAUCAGUACUUACUGCAUAGCAAACCCUGAAGUACACAUGUAUUUAUAUAGUACUUGCAUUUGCUGUUAUACAGGUACAAGGCCACUUUGUAGUGUGACCAAAGUAAUUCUAUUAAAAACAUUCCAGACAGCCCAUUUCGAAGGAAACUUUGUCUAAAUCCCAUAGUAUGUGACUGUACAAUGAAGGAUUUUGACUGACCCCUCUGCUGGUACUUUCUGAGACAGAGAUGUGAUUAAAUCCAGAAAUGCAAUGACCAGGAGGAGAAAAUAACUACCUGCCUUACAAGGAGCAGGUCAAAGCUGGAGUUGCCUUUGAGUUUAUGUUUGUUAGCUUGUUUUUUAUUGUAAUUCCCUGGUCGGCUUUACCUUUGAUUAAGUGUUAUGAUUUAAUGUGUUGAAC